UCUCCCGCAGGUUGAGUCAGUCAGGUACGGACCUAGAGCAGUGCUAGUGUGUCCAGUGCGAGUGUAUGGCCGGGAAAUGAUGUGCAGUGGACGCACGAGGAGCCCCUCGGGGACCUCAGCCCUCGCGUGGGCCCUUUGGACUUUGUCUGUCGGACUGAGUUUGGCGCAGCAGUGUCCACUGCCCGCGGUGCCAUUGAACGCCAGGGUGACUUUGAGCAGUUCCACCCCAAGCGUGGGCACCACAGCCACCUACUCUUGUGAUGAUGGAUACGAACUUUUCGGGUCAAGCUUGUUGCCCUGUGUCCAGCAAGGAUCUCGCGCGGUCUGGCAAGGAGAACUUCCAUUCUGCGGUACAAACGUUGCAUUUAGAAAGCCUGCAAACCAGUCGUCGUCAAUGCGAGGCGGGCCUGCGUCGAACGCCAUUGACGGAGACAAAGAGGUCAACCACGAUGGCAAAAGAUGCACCGAGACGGCCAAGGAGCAGUCACCCUGGUGGAGGGUCGAUCUGCUCAGGGAGUACCCCAUCAGGGCUGUCAGACUGACUUCAAGAGGGUGCUGCGGGCACCAACUUCUUCAAGACCUGGAGAUCAGGGUGGGAAACAGCACUGAUUUGCAGAGGAACCCUCUUUGUGCGUGGUAUCCAGGCACAGUUGAUGAGGGUACGACAAAAAUCUUCACUUGUGCCAGACCAAUCGUUGGUCGUCACGUAGCUGUGCAAAUGGUUGGGGUUGAAGGUUCCCUUUCCCUUUGUGAGGUCGAAGUUUUCACCACAGACGAGUUUUCGAAUGAGAGGUGCGUGCCGAGCGGAGUGCUGCAGGAAGGCACAGAGACGGCCGUUUUCUCGCGCACCUGCUACGAAUUUCACACAACCAAGGGUGCCUCUUUCGAGCAGGCGAGGUCGUCCUGCCGCAGGGUCGCUGGCGGGGACCUUUUGCACUCGUCGUCGCGCGCGCACAACGGCUUUGUUUUGUCCGAACUGGAAAGAAGGAAGCCAAAAUUGAAGACGCAGCUCGUCUGGCUCGGAGCCACCAGGGACCCUGGCUUCACUUCAAGAACCUGGCGAUGGGUCAACGGUGAGGUGGUAGGAAAGCCAGAUUGGGGUAAAGACCAGCCCAACAACUACAACGGAGAGCAGAACUGCGUGGUUCUGGACGGCGGCCGAGGGUGGCAGUGGAACGACGUUGGCUGCAACCUCGACUACCUUCACUGGGUGUGUCAGCACCAGCCGGCGGCCUGCGGCAGUCCCGACCGACAGAGCAACACCACCAUCAGCGGCGGAGACCACGUCGUUGGCAAAUCAAUCACCUACUCGUGUCCUGAGGGUCACAUGCUAGUUGGAAACGCGACUCGCGAGUGCCUCAAAACUGGAUUCUGGUCGGGCAAGGCGCCUACAUGCAAAUACGUCGAUUGUGGAUCGUUGAAGACGCCUGAGCAUGGUUCAGUGAAUCUUUUGAAUGACAGAACUACACACGGUGCUCUGGCCGAAGUUUCCUGCGAAAGCAAUUACACUCUGAAGGGCGACGCAAAGAGGAAGUGCGGAGAUGAAGGAGUAUGGUCUGGAGAAGAUCCUCAAUGCUUAUUUGCUUGGUGCCCGGAGCCACCUGAAGUUGCCGGAGGCCGCGUUGAAGUGACUGGCAGGAAGGCAGGGUCCACCGCCACCUACAAGUGCCAGGCUGGAUUCAUCCUCUUAGGCGACGCUGUUUUGACCUGCGGUCUUGGCGGAACGUGGUCAGGUCGCGCCCCUGAGUGCCGAUUUGUGGACUGCGGCGCCCCGGCCAACACCUUCCACGGCAGGGUGGAGUUGCUGAACGCGACCACGACGGCCGGCAGCGUGGCCAGGUACGAGUGCGAGGCCGACUACUGGCUCGCCGGACAGGCCAUCAUCACGUGCGGCCUGGACGGAAAGUGGAGCUCCCACACUCCCUCGUGCGAAUUGAUUACUUGCGAGGAGCCUGACGUGCCAAACGGAGGUUUUGUGGUCGGGUACGACUUCAACGUGCACUCGACCAUCGAGUACCACUGCGAACCGGGACACUUGCUCCGAGGCGAACCGAUCAGGACGUGCAACACCGACGGAGAGUGGUCUGCAAGAGCACCAUCAUGCCAAUUUAUUGACUGCGGCAAGAUUUCGUCGGUGCCAUAUGGCUCGAUCAAAUACUUCAACGACACCACCUUCAUCCACAGCGAAGUAGAAUUCUCCUGUGUGAGAAAUUACAGACUGAGCGGCGGUCUGGCGAGGAGAAUUUGCCAGGAAGAUGGAACUUGGAGCGGAACCACUCCUAGAUGCGAAGAAAUUCGCUGCCCGGAGCCAGUUUUGGCGGAACACGCUGUUCUGAGCGUGACUGGAAACGACAGGGCGUACGGCCGAACCUUGAUAAGGACCGCGUCCGAAAGUGCCGCCAACUCUGCCGCCACCUACAAGAUUUCCGCACAGGCCAAGUACAGGUGCGAAAGGGGCUAUCGUUUGAUCGGAGAGGGACUGAGGACCUGUGAGGAGGCCGGAGAGUGGAGCGGCGAUGUGCCCCAGUGUGUCUAUGUGGAUUGCGGCCAGCCAGAGGAAAUUACCAAUGGACGAAUGAAUUUGGCUUCCAACGCCACCUACUAUGGAGUGGUCGCGCUUUACGAUUGCAUCAAAAACUACAAAAUUGAAGGAUACGAGAGGCGCAUGUGUCUGGAGAAUGGAUCGUGGAGCCAUUCACCUCCUGUUUGCACAGAAAUCCUGUGCCCACCGCCAGCCCAAGAGAAUGGUUUAAUAGCCCAGGUUAGCUCAUACAGUGUGGGUGCCGUGGCAAGGUAUACCUGCCCUAGAGGUUCCAACAUGGAGGGCAACGACACCAGAGUUUGCCUACCCGGCGGAAACUGGGGCGGCUUUUUACCCGCCUGCAGACCCGUGGACUGUGGCCACCCAGGAAUCAUUGAGAACGGCCGAGUGGUUCUGCCCAACCAGACAACCGUCUACCUGAGUCCUGUCGAGUACCACUGCAUUCCGCAGUACAAACUGGUCGGGCAGUACCUGCGACGGUGCAAGGAAGAUGGAACGUGGUCCGGCGACGAACCCACUUGUGAACAAGCGUCUUUGGCGGACAGUGCGGCGUCCCAGCAAAUGGGACUCAUCAUUGGAAUCUGCGCCGGAGUUUUGCUCUUCCUGCUUUUGCUCUUGGGAAUUUUCUACAUGAGACUGCGGCGACCAACGCCGGUGAAGAACUCGGAAAACGUUCAGGGCGCCGAGGUGAAAGAGGAAACGCGUGCGGCCGUCAUGUCGUACGCCACCCUGAGCGACCCUUACAACCGGGGGCCCAACAUCUACGAGAACAUCGCCGAGACGAACACGUACGACACGCCUUACGAGGCGGCCAUGGCGGGUGGCCGCCGGGACAGUGGUGACAGCGGCCACUACGAGCCCUCGCCGACGCCCACGCGGCAGGAGAGCACGGUCACCAUCAACGGGGUCUCCGUCCGUUGAAAAUAACGCGAGACGAAAGAAUAAAAAAGUGUCCACGGAAAUCAAUUAAAAGUGCGGACUACGAACAUUCAUUUGUGAUAAUUGCGUAGAAAUAACUUUAGUUGAAUGCGAUGUGAGUGAGAAGAAAAUGGGUUUGUGACUUUGCGUAUAAAGUGAUCAUUCAAGUUGUUGUAAAUAAAUAAUUUACGAUUUGCAAUAUUAAUUAUACCCUGUGUGUGAAUAUCAAUAAAAUAGCGCUAAAUUAUC